GCUAGUAACACUGUUGUACUGUUUUUUGACACGCCUUCCCGAUAAUCGUUUAAUUUUUAAUUAAAUUGUGUGUGAUUUUGAGUGUUAUUCAUCAUUAUUUGACACCAUGACGGACACCUACGGAACCCUGCCGUCCGGGGGCAUAACCCUCAAAUGGGACCCCAAGAACCUGGAGAUCCGGACCACGUCCGUGGAGCGGACCCUGGAGCCCCUGGUGCUCCAGGUGACGACGCUUGUGAACAGCAAGGACAAACAGGCGAAGAAGAAGAGACCUGGCAAGUCCAAGCGUGCAAGCGCUCUCGUGGCCACAGUGGAGCGAGCGACUGAGAUUUUCAUCGAACGAGGGCAGACUAUCGCCUAUGAGAACCCUGAGAUUACCAGGGAAAUGCUGGCUGCUGUGGAGGAGGUCAGGAAGGCUGGUGCGGCCAUGAGUCUCGCAGCGCGCGAGUUCUCCGAAGAGCCCUGCGCCUCAGCUGUCCGCUCUUCGAUGGUCCGAGCUGCCCGGAACCUGCUGUCUGCUGUAACCCGUCUCCUGAUCUUGGCUGAUUGUGUGGACGUCCACCAACUACUGUCCCGCCACCGAGCUGUGGAAACCGACCUAGACAAGCUAAAGUCAGCCUCCUCCCAAUCCGAGCUAGUCGAGUGCUCGCGCCAGCUCGGGCGCUCGGCUGCUGAGCUGGCCGCCGCCGCCGCGCGCCGUCAGCACGAGUUGAAGGAGCCCAGGAUGAAGGAAGAACUGGCUGCGGCCAGGGCUGUACUGAAGAAACACUCCACCAUGCUGCUGACUGCUUCAAAGGUGUACGUACGCCACCCCGAACUGGCGGCCGCCAAGGCCAACCGAGACUACGUCCUACGUGCCGUGUGCUCCGCCGUCGACACCAUAGCCUGCGUGGCCCAAGGCAGAGCCCUACCCAACACAACACCUGCUGGAGGCAACGCCCGUCCCCCGGUCGAAGGUCCCGGCGAGCUAGCUCAAGCGUUAGACGACUUCGACGAGCGCAUGGUCAUGGAACCCCUCGCCUACUCCGAGUUGAGGACCCGACCUUCGCUGGAGGAGCGUCUGGAGUCCAUCAUCUCUGGGGCGGCGCUCAUGGCUGACAGCUCCUGCACCAGGGAUGAACGCCGCGAGCGCAUCGUGGCUGAAUGCAACGCGGUGCGUCAGGCGCUGCAGGAUUUGCUCCACGAGUACAUGACCAACGCUGGUAAACCGGAGCAGUCUUCAGGCCUGGAGCGCGCCAUCGAGAACAUGUGCCGAAAGACCCGUGAUCUCCGCAGGCAGCUUCGCAAAGCCGUGGUCGACCACGUCUCUGACAGUUUCCUGGAAAGCAAUGUGCCCCUGCUGGUUCUGAUGGAGGCGGCGCGCAACGGGCACGAGAAGGAGGUUGAGGAGUACGCCGCCGUGUUCACCGAACACGCCAACAAACUGGUCGAGGUGGCGAACCUGGUGUGCUCGAUGUCGAAUAACGAAGAUGGCGUCAAGAUGGUUCGCCACGCCGCCGGCCAGAUCGAGGCGCUAUGUCCUCAGGUGAUCAACGCGGCUCGCGUGCUGGGCGCGCGUCCGCGCUCGCGCGUGGCGCAGGAGAACGCUACCGCUUUCGCGCGCGCCUGGGAGCAAGCCGUCAAGCUACUGACGGAAGCUGUGGACGACAUCACUACUAUUGACGACUUCUUGGCCGUCAGCGAAAACCACAUCCUAGAGGACGUGAACAAAUGUGUGGUGGCGCUGCAAGAGGGAGACCCGGAUUCACUCGAGCGCACCGCCGGCGCCAUCCGCGGGCGCGCUGCCAGAGUGUGCUCCGUGGUGACCCAGGAGAUGGAUAACUACGAGCCGUGCAUCUACACCAAGCGCGUGCUGGAAGCGGUCACCGUGCUCAGGGAUCAAGGUCAGUGCCUCUUGUCAUAUAGCUCUCCCAUAUACACGGUGUAGCAGAGUG